UACUUGCCAAACAAGAUGUGAAACAACCUGGAUUGCUAAUGUCACUCAACUCAUAUCCGAAAUAACCAGCUACUCCUCUCUAUUCCUCUGUCCUAACUGCCUUUGCAUGUGUUAAAAGUAGCAUGGACAGCUAGACUCGUGCAUGGGAUUCCAGAGAAGCAUACACAUCUAAUGCAAAACGUUACUUGUAGAUUGUGACUUCUUGAAUUGUUUCUUUUCUUUUUUUGUAAAGUGGCUUUCUCUGUGACAGCAUGAGGGCUAGGCAUUUUUUCUCUUUAUUAAAAGAUCCAAUCUUCCUGCCUAAAAUGUUCAACAUAUUCUUUUAUUUAUAGAGAGUGUGGUCUUUUGCAAUGAAAAGGUAAGAGAUGUGCACAGUGCAGUUACACAAUCUAAACAUCUAUUCUCCCCCCUCCUUGUCCAUCUUCCCUGUGUGAACUGAAGGCUCACAGCGUUUAUUUGCAGUGCUUUUGGGUUUGAAGGAUGGAUGGAUGGAUGUCUGAGAUUCGGGGCUCCUUUUGUGGUGUCGUAAAGAAGCUCCUGAAAUAACUUGAAUGUGUUUAGGCCGGAGGCUUUUAUUAGGGUUAAGAUGUUUUUUGCCAGAUGUCUAUUUUUAAGUUUGGAGCACUUUUUUUUUUGUUUUGGUGAGAUUUUGAUUUUGUUUCACUGCCCCCAUACAAAAAAAAGUAGAAUUUAGAAGAUAUAGUUCAGAUGAGAUUAUUGCAAGUUGAAUAGAACUUUAUUUUGCUACAUCUGUCACAUGGUUGUUGCAUUUACAGAGGUUCUUGUUAUUUUUCUGUGUAUUUCACAAACUGUAGGCCUUGAAUCAGUAAGAAAGGCACGUGGAGAGUGCAGACCUCCAUCAAAGUCAAAUGACAAAUCUUGCAACAUUAGCCUAACCAUGAUUCGGAUCUACUCAAAAAUAUACUGGGUUCUUUCAGAUGCUACACUUUUCCAUAAAGCUUUGUGAAAAUCUGACAGCUUUUUUUUUGUUUUUACAAUUCUGCUUAUGGACAAACUGUACCAGAAAACCUAACUUCCUUGUCGGAGGUAAAAAUUGUACGGUGUUAAUUAGUGCCGCCAAAUUUGAAUAAAAAUGAACAGAUAUCUCUCUCAGGACCUCUUUGAGGAAAGGCCUUACACUGUUUCAUAGUUCCAGAGCCCACCUCUCACUCUCUUCAAAUUCUCUUUCUCUCUCCAUCCCCCACCCCAAACAGAUGAGAACUUUAUUCUCAAACACGACAGAGCCUUCCUCUUGUCCAUGGCCAACAGGGGCAAGGACACCAACGGCUCCCAGUUCUUCAUAAACUCUAGCAUCCAGCUCCUCCAAGCACUACAAAGAUGGCGGCACACCUGGAUGGGGUCCAUGUUGUCUUCGGGCUGGUGAUCUCCGGCUUUGAGGUGAUCAAGAAAAUCGAGGGCCUGAAAACGGACUCUGCCAGCAGACCUUAUGCUGACGUCAGAGUGAUUGACUGUGGACAGCUGAUCACCAAAUCCGCAAACGACGUCCUCAGAGGCAAGAGGAGGCGAGCUGCACUGGACUCUGCUGAUUCCUCGCUCAGCUCUUCAGAGUCUCCCUACAGUUACUCCUCCGAGGAAUCAGAGGUCGAGUCCAGAGGAAAAUAUCGACACCACAAAAGGAAGAAGACCUCCAAGAGCAAACACUCAAUGAAGAGGAGGAGGAGAGGGUCGAAAAGAAGAGAGAGACACAGUGAAAACAUACCUUUAGAUAGAAGGAGCCCUGCUGAAGAGCAAGAGGUAAAGGAGGAUGGAGACAGGGAGCAAAACGUGCGACGGGAGAAGCCUGUGGUUCGUCCAGAGGAGAUCCCACCGGUUCCAGAGAACCGGUUCCUGCUGCGAAGGGAUGCGCCUGUACAGGAGGAGAACCCAAACAUGUCAGUCCCCGACUCACACUCACCCAGGGAGAACCUAAGUUCUGAGCAAGAGAACCCUUUGGCUUCCACUGACCAUGUGAAACCAGCUGUAACCAAAUCUGGACGGAAGAUCAAAGGCCGUGGAACAAUGAGGUACCACACUCCGCCUGGUAUAAAGUCUGGCUCUGAGUCCGAAGAAGAGCGGGGAAGCAGUGAGACCCCCCCACACUGGAAAGAGGAGAUGCAGAGGACAAAGACGUACCAAGCUCCCAGUGUGGAGAAGUGGAGCAAAGGAGACAGAUGGGAUGACCGAAGUGAUAGCCCGUGGUCCAGGUCCAGAUCAAAGGAACAGUCACCUGACCAUGGGUCUGACCACUCAAGCCCACACCACCACCAUAGAAAGGACCGAAAAAGGUCCAAGCGCAAGAAAAAGAAGCACAAGCACUCAAAGAGACACAAGAGCUCAACACACCAGCCCAAAGGGUCCUCAUUGUCGGAAGGAGAAAGGUCUCAUUCUUCGGGGGGGAGGUCAAAGCUGUCUAGCCAUACAGAGAGAAGAUCUCGCUCUUUGUCAUCUUCGAGACACUCCGUCAGAAGGGACUGGUCUGGAUCUGAGAGAAAAGGUCGGUUAUCUGGUUCUUCUCGAGAUUCAAGAUCUUUCUCCCGCUCUAAGAGCAGGUCCUAUUCCCGGAGCUACUCUCGGUCACACAGGAAGUUCAGAUCAUCUUCAAGGUCAAGGAGCUGGACACGUUCCAGAAGCCGAUCAGUGUCCAGAUCAAGAUCAAGGUCGAGGACAAGGUCACCUUCUCUGUCAAGGUCUAGGAGCAGAACUAGGUCUAGGUCCAGGUCUACCUCCAGAUCCAGGUACAGGGGAAGGUCAAAGUCAAGAAGGCGGCAUGUGUCCAGAUCUCCUCGGAAAGCAAAGAUGACUGACAGUGUCAAGUCCAAGACGGUUCCACUGCAGGCUACUGUUCCAAGCAUAGAGCCCAAAGCUGCACCCCCAUCAGCUCCUGAGAAUGUACCAGUGCUUCCUCUCAGUGACAGCCCCCCUCCGUCUCGAUGGAAACCAGGACAGAAGCCAUGGAAACCAUCAUACGUUCGUAUUCAAGAGAUCAAAGAUAAGACCACUCCUCCUUCGACUGCUCAAACUGGCCAAUUUAUGAACUUGGCCUUACAUAAGCAGCUCAUGUCCAGUGGUCAGACUCAGCCUGAUAAUGCAAGUGGUGUGGAUGCCCUGGGACGGCGCACAACCAGGAGCCGGAGUCUUCAUAGGCGCUCCCGCAGCCCUUCCUCAAGUAGCCGUUCUCGUAGCAGGUCCCGAAGCAGGGGCCGCUCCAGGUCAACGAUUCACUCCUCUGGCCAGUACGACAGUCGUUCCUCAUCGUACAGCAGAUCCGAUUCGUACGACUCUCCCAGGCAGGGAAGCACAACGAGGAAGUCCUCUGAGCUAGGAAAGAAACACCAUUACAGUUCUCUAAAGACAAAGCACAAAGACGCACAGCACAAAAUGCCUAGUGGUGACCAAGAUAUUAUGGCCAUGUCAUGUAGAGAGAGUGGCGCUAAUAUCCAGAAAGCUACCAUUUUCAAUCAAAAUGGGUCCAAAGGACAAAAAGAUGUGAUUAGUGCAACUCUCUCUAGCAGUGGUAGGACUCACAAUCCAAAGCCAUUACUAGCAGAAGAACCCAAAGGCAUGUCUGCUUGGGAAUGUUCUGUUGAUGUUCCAACAAUGCCUUUUAUCAGCGAAACACGUUCAUCUGGUGGCUGGGACUCUGAUAGUGAUGCAGACAAGCCAGUGCUGAAACAAACCAUGCUUAAUGUUAAACACGUUUCUGACAAAGAAGAAGGUGAGGCCACUUCUGAAUCUGAUGGGGACCACAUUUCUCCUGAGAAACCUCGAAAGCCACUUGAACAAGUGCCCCAUGCUUUAACUUCCCCUUCUUUGAAAAGCCCUGUAGUGAAAGAUCGUGCUGAGGACCAACCUGUGGAGGAGAAGCACAAGUCUAAGAAAACAAAGCGAAAACACAAGCACAAGAGGAGGAACUCUGCCAAGUCAGGGAGCCAUCAUUCAAAAACUAAAGCAAAGCGGUCAAAGAAGAAACACCAAAAGCUGAAAGAGACUUUCCACUGGCAACCUCCCUUGGAGUUUGGGGAGGAGGUGGAGGAAGAUGAGUCUGUUGUUCAAGGGAGGAACACCAAACAAAGCAGACAGAGUGCCUUGAGAGAUCCUCACAAAAGAAGCACCAUCCCACAAUCAAAGCCCAGGGUUUUGGGAAAUGAGGAUCAAGUGGAAAGAGGCCACUCUUCAUCUCAAGAAAAUUCCUCAGAGGUUGCAACACCUUUAUCAAUUAAAGAAGAUGAUGAUCUGAUGAAAAGGAGACGGUCAAAGCCAAGUUACCACACAAGUCCAGCACAACACCUGGUCCCUGAUAACAGUGAUGGCAAAAACAGUGUUGAUUAUCCUAAGCAUGAUCCUCAAGAAGAAACCCAAGAUGAUCAAAUGGACAUUUGCACCCCAGAUCACCAGACCGUUCCAGAGAUCAUCACAGAGCCAACAGGGCAUAUAGUUGUCGAGAUGACACAGAAGCUGACCAAAAGUAUAUCACCUUUAAAGAAUCCUGUAAAGAGCGGAAGUCCACUUGUAGAAAGGAAGCAUGUGAUUAAGCCUACCUCAACAGUGGAGUAUCAAAGACAAAAUGAGGAAAUCCAACAAUUAUCAAGCAGCCAAGUAGCAGACCAGAUGGUUGAUACCAAGUGGAAACCCUUGAAAGGAAUCACUGCCCUACAAGCUGCAAGUGUUGUGUCUACUGUUCUGAAAACCCACAGAUCCUCUCAGAACUCAGAAGCUAAAACUCCUGGUCUCAGGAUCGAGAUCAAGAGCAAGAACCGAGUACGGCCAGGUUCCCUCUUUGAUGAGGUCCGGAAGACGGCCCGUCUGAACCAGAGGCCCAGGAACCAGGACAGCUCCAGCGAUGAAAGAUCCUUAUCAGAAGAUGCUGAUGGCCAAGGGUCUUACAGCAGGUCACUCUCAAAAUCCCGCUCUGCCUCAAGGGACCGGUCUCACUCCAGAGGGCGCUCUCGCUCCUACACUCAUUCACGAAGCAGGUCCAGGAGCUCAAGCUAUUCUUCCAGGAGCUAUAGCAGAAGUCGUAGCAGAAGGCGAUACAGUAGGGGACGUUCUCGAUCCAGGAGCAGCACUUACAGGAGUUAUCGCAGUCACAGCCGAACCUAUAGUAGGAGUCAUUCCAGAAGUCGCUCGUACACUCCACGCAGAAGGUCCAGGUCUGAUUCUUACGACAGCUACUCCAGCCGCAGCAGGAGUCGCAGCACAAGCAGAAGACGACGUCGAGGAAGGAGUGACAGCUCAGAUCGCCAUUCUAGGUCGUAUCGCUCAUACAGUCGGACCUCUUCAAGACGCAGGAGCCACAGUCAGAGCAGUCGAUACAGCUAAGGGCCACUCUACUGAGGAGUUCCAUCUUGCCAUUUUCCACAUUUUUUAAGAGCAAAUGUUCACAAAGUAUAUCAUUUUAAACGUUCUUUCAGUCAUCACUGUUCAGUGAUGAAUAUUUUUAUUUUAACCAAACGCAACGCAUGGUGUAAAGUAAUCAAGUUUAUACUGUAAAUAUAUAAAUGUCUGCAUUAGGUGCGUUUGAAACCCAUCUUUGUGUUUGUGUAGCGUCGUUGGAUACUGUGAAUCGAACAUGAAGUGGAGGUGACUGUGUUUCCUCCUUUGUUAUUUAAAAAAAAUAAAAAUAGUAAUAUAGAAUUACUAUUAUUAAAUAGAAAUGACAUUGUGUAUCAUGAUUUACAAGUCUAUGAAAGGGUGAUUUUUUUUGUUUUUCUCCAGAUGUAGGAAAGGACACCUUACAGCCUACUGUAUUCUUGCACAGACAGAUGGGAAUUGAUUUGUUUUUGCAACUAGCAAACUUUGUCUUUGAGACCGACUGCAUUGUUUUAUUUUAUCUCAUGAAUGUAAAGCAGUCUUAUAACUCUGUCUUGUUUCCACCACUGAAAUGCCUAUGCAGAUUUCUCUAUCAACAAAUAUUAAAUACUUUUGCAAUAAA